AUGACCAGCCUCAAGGUUCUGAUCCUCCCGCUCAAUCGCUUCGCGUCCGUCCCGCCCCUUCAAAGCAGAAGCCUCGAGGAACUCUUUCUCAUGUGGAAUAACAUUUUGAGGCUUGAGAAAGACGGAUGGGGGACUCCUAAAUUGAGGAAACUCAUGUUAGAUGGGAACCCUUUUUCGGAGUUCCCAUCUGAUGUCAUUAAUGGAUUGGAGAGACUGGAGGAAUUCUCUUGCGCGGAAUGCAACCUGGGCCCGAACAUUCCGAGCGGGUUCAUCAAGUCCCGCAGCGAGACCUUGAAGGUGGUGAAUCUCGCUUGGAAUAAAAUCGUCACGUUGGAGCCCGGAGCCAUCACAGAUUUGACACCCAAAACGAAUGUUGAUCUACAACACAACAAUAUCGCCACUUUCCCGAAGGAAAGCUUCCAGUCCAUUCUACAAGUCCUCUCGCGCGGGAACGGGAUCCUUAACGUGAAUUCAUUUUCUCCGGAAGGAGGAACACCAGCGGGGAAUACCAUUCAGUGCGAUUGUGAAGCUGGAUGGUUAGCGAACGACCGACUCUUCAAAAGCAUCGGUGGGAAAUGUCAGAACGGAAGCGAAUUUCAGAAAUUCAGAUGGGACGAAUUAGAGUGCCUUCAGCCCUGCCCCUACUCCUGCGUCCAUGUCAGCCUCUUUUCUAUCUGCAAACCGGAGACAGUCAUCUUGUCGAAGGUGGAGGGCUGCCGAGCCCAGGAGAUAUGCUGCCAGCCGAACUUCCAAUCGAUCGUCGCGGCCACGACGACGACUCCCCGACCGACAGUCGUGGGUUCGAGAGGAUGCGAAGAACCUCAUGAAUUCCUGAACGGAUUUGUGCGAAAGUCUUGCUCAGGUGUUUUCACGAGUGCAAGUGGAGAAGCCGACGUAGGAAUCAGCACAGAUUGCAUCAGAGACGGGAAGUACGUGCCCGGAAGCAAAGUGGAAUACAAGUGCGACGAUCAUUAUAACAUCAGGGGAUCGCAGAUCCGGAUCUGCACAGAGAGCGGAAAAUGGACUGGUCACAUCCCCUUCUGCGAUCCGGAAUGUGGGAAGAGGCUUUUGGUGACGGGGUUGUCGGCUGGGGGCAAGCCGUCGAGUCUCGGAGAAUGGCCAUGGCAGGCUGCCAUUUACGAUGUCGAUAAGAAACUCAUCGUUUGCGGAGGGGCUCUCAUUCGGAAGCAAUGGGUUCUCACGGCAGCUCAUUGUAUCGCAUAUGGUGGUUCCUCACGACCUCGGCCUCAGAAUGACUUCCGCGUUUAUUUGGGGAAACAUUAUAGGAAUGAUUCAUUGGACGAUAACUUCGUCCAGCAGAGAGAGGUAUCUGUGAUCGUUUCAUCCAAAGACUUCAGCAUUCAUAACUUCGACUCUGACAUCGCCCUGCUGAAACUGACCGAGCCGGUCCAGUUGACGGACAGAGUGCAGUUGAUCUGCAUCCCGAAGAAUCUUCAGAUCACAGAGAACAACCUCAAGGAUGGAAACAUAGGAUCGGUGGCGGCUUGGGGUUUGAGCAGUUUGGAUGUCCUCAGCGAAGAAUUAACGAAAAUACAGAUCCCGGUGGUAGCAAAUAAUAUUUGUCGUCGGGAUCUCAUUUAUCUCCCUGGCAAUCCUGACACCUACCGCACUCUCACCGUCAAUCAAUUCUGUGCUGGGCAAAACAGGACUAUCUCUGAGAAAGAGAUCCAAACGGUGUGUCCCGGGGAUUCAGGCAGUCCGAUGGUCUUCUACUCAAAAACCUUGGACCUCUGGCACAUCGAAGGAAUCGUGAGUCACCAUCUCGGCAAAAAGGAAUGCUCCAAGAGGCGGGGUGGCGAAUAUGGGAUUUUCACCAGGGUUCAUCGCAACGAGUUCGGCGAUUCAGAAGACCUUGACAACACCGUGAUACCGUCAGCUCACAAGACUACCUUCUGCAUCACUUCGCCAGUCGGGAUUUUCGGAUCGCAGUUCCCUUUCGUCCAUGAAGUUAUUCCUGCCAAGAUAUACAGUGGGGAUCUCGAGCAUUCUCGUUCAUCCGCUCGCAUCGAUAAUCGACCGGUUGUUGGCUCUUCGAAUGGAUAUCGUGUGUACCUGAGAAUUGUUGCCAGCCCUGCUCCUCCAACUCCCUGUGGAAUUCAGUCCUCAACUUCAGUCUAUGGCAAAUCCCUGAGGAAGGAAAUGGCCCCAGCCAGCAACUACUCCUUCCCUGAUGUUUUCGUCCAAAUGAUCAGAUUUCGGGAGGCAGAUGGGACGAAUAUUGGGAUAUUCAAGGAAGGGAACCGUAUCAUUCAAAAUGAUGACAGCAAAGUCAUUCUGAAUGGGACCCUACAUUCAGGGGCCUAUGCAGAUCCCGUGAGGAACCGAGAAAGCCCUAAUCCUUGCCAACCCCAUCCAACCUUCGUCCACGAGGAUGACCGGAUCCUUCGUCAUCCUCUGGAUUCCCAUCCUUUCCGCUUUCCCCUGGGUGGCCGGGCACCAAGACUGUCCGAACUGGACGGAGCUGGGGGACUCGGAGCAUGUGCCCUGUACCUGCUCUAAGUCUCGCGUUGGCACAGUGACAGUGGAUUGCUCGAACGCCACGACUAGUGAGGAUCUUUGGUCGGCCUUCAACGAAUUUUCCUGGCCAACGACUGAAUUCUGGAAAUUCAAGAUGGACCAGAACACCAACCUGGAGGAGCUCCCAGAAGGAGCAUUCGAAAGCGUCUCCUUCGAGAGGAUCAACAUCCGCAAUAGCGCCUUGAAGACGAUCCAUCCGUCGGCCCUCCUCUCUUCCGCAGAGACGCUAUCCAUGCUGGAAAUCUUCUCCAGUCACAUAGAGAGUUUUCCCUUUGACGUCCUCCCCCGGCUGACCAGCUUAAAGGUUCUCAUCCUCCCGCUCAAUCGCUUCGCUUCCGUCCCGCCCCUUCAGAGCGGAAGCCUCGAGGAACUCUUUCUCAUGAGGAAUACAAUUUUGAGGCUUGAGGAAGACGGAUGGGCAACUCCUAAAUUGAGGAAACUCAUAUUAGAUGGGAACCCUUUCUCCGAGUUCCCUUCGGAUGUCGUAAAUGGAUUGGAGAGACUGGAGGAGUUCUCUUGCGCGGAAUGCAACCUGGGACCGAACCUUCCGAGCGGGUUCAUCAAGUCCCGCAGCGAGUCAUUGAAGGUGGUGAAUCUCGCUUGGAAUAAAAUAGUCAAGUUGGAGCCUGGAGCCAUCACAGGUGUAGGACCCAACACGAAUGUCGAUCUGCGACACAACAAUAUCGCCGUAUUGCCGAAGGAAAGCUUCCAGUCCAUUCUACAAGUCCUCUCGCGCGGGAAUGGAAUCCUCAACGUAAAUUCAUUUUCCUCCGAAGAAGGGAAAUCAGCAGGGAAUGCCAUUCCCUGCGAUUGCGAAGCUGAAUGGUUAGCGAACAACCGACUCUUCAAGAGCAUCGGUGGAAAAUGUCAGAACGGAAGCGAAUUUCAGAAAUUCAGAUGGGACGAGUUAGAGUGCCUUCAGCCCUGCCCCUACUCGUGCGUCCAUGUCAGCUUCUAUCCCCUGUGCAAGCCGGAGACAGUCAUCUUGUCGAAGAGGGAGGGCUGCCGAACCGAGGAGCUGUGCUGCCAACCGAACUCCCCAUCGGUCUCCGCGAGCACAACGACGACGCCCCGACCGACAGUCGUAGGUCCGAGAGGAUGCGAAGAACCUCAUGAAUUUCUGAACGGAUUUGUGCGAAAGUCUUGCUCAGGUGUUGUCACGAGUGCAAGAGGAGAAGUUGACUCAGGAAUCAGCACAGAUUGCAUCAGAGACGGGAAGUACGUGCCCGGAAGCACAGUGGAAUACAAGUGCGACGAUCAUUAUGUCAUCAGGGGAUCGCGGGUCCGAAUCUGCACAGAAAGUGGAAAAUGGACUGGCCACGUCCCCUUCUGCGAUCCUGAAUGCGGGAAGAGGCGAUUGGUGACGGGGUUGUCGGCCGGGGGCAAGCCGUCGAGUCUCGGAGAAUGGCCAUGGCAGGCUGCCAUUUACGAUGUCGAUAAGAAACUCAUCGUUUGCGGAGGGGCUCUCAUUCGGAAACAAUGGGUUCUCACCGCAGCUCAUUGUAUCGCAUAUGGUAGUUCCUCGCGGCCACGGCCUCAGAAUGACUUCCGCGUUUAUUUGGGGAAACAUUAUCGGAAUGAUUCAUUGGACGAUGACUUUGUGCAGCAUACACAGGUGUCUACGAUCGUCUCAUCCAAAGACUUUAACAUUCAUAACUUCGACUCUGACAUCGCCCUACUGAAACUGGCCGAGCCGGUCCGGUUAACUGACAGAGUGCAGUUGAUCUGCAUCCCGAAGAAUCUUCAGAUCACAGAGAACAACCUCAAGGAUGGAAACAUAGGAACGGUGGCAGCUUGGGGUUUGAGCAGUUUGGAUGUCCUCAGCGAAGAAUUAACGCAAAUUCAGAUCCCGGUGGUAGCAAAUAAUAUUUGUCGUCGGGAUCUCAUUUAUCUCCCUGACAAGCCUGACACCUUCCGCACUCUCACCGUCAACCAAUUCUGUGCUGGGCAAAAUACGAAUAUCUCUGAGACAGAAUUCCAAACGGUGUGUCCCGGGGAUUCAGGCAGUCCGAUGGUCUUCUACUCAAAAACCUUGGACCUCUGGCACAUCGAAGGAAUCGUGAGUCACCAUCUCGGCAAAAAGGAAUGCUCCAAGAGGGCGGGUGGCGAAUAUGGGAUUUUCACCAGGGUUUAUCGAUACGUCGAGUGGAUCGAGACGGUGAUCGGAUAAAGACUAUUAUGGUCCUAUGUUCCUACUUCAGCCACAUCUGUAUUUCAUUCCGGACGGGCGAUGUGCAAAAGUCGAAAGCUUUUUUACAUGGAGAGAUACAACGGCAUGAC